GGUUUAGAAAGCUGGCAAGUAUGAAGCACAACGUCAAAUGUGGAAUAGUUUGCCACGGAGCUUCUUGUGAGGGUAGAACGAACAAGGAAAUUGUCCAUUUCUUGCUACCUCUAGGGAGGGAGUCAGAAUUGUACUGAUUCCUGAAUUGGCAGAAUUCCUUGAAUUGUUAGACGCGUGGUUAAAGCCAUUAAAAAUGUUUGAUUUUUGCAGAUCUCUUUGCUGUUGCUGUGCUCAAGAUUAUUUCAUCUGAUGUCAAGGAAAAAGCAGCAAUGUCUUCGCUGUUUGUACAUGAAGAUGACGAGAGGGUGCCGCUGACGCCAUGCGUGGUCUACUCUGGCCCCAGCUUGGAGCAAGCAGAGUUUCUACACCUGCACGUCGACAACCGAAACAUCUUCCGCGUCAGUAAUGCCGAAGAAGGAAUGAUAGCGCUGAUGAGUGCAUAUUUUAUUUUUAAUAUUGUGUACGGGCGCAAGGCGUUCAAUACUACCACCGUGCUAGAACGGCUUUUUCUUGGCAUGAGCAACACUUCACCGAGACCUGUGGCUACGAAGUUCGUGAACAAAGUUGUUCAGGCAAUUCGACGCUGAAAAUUUUAGCGUCGCAUUGCCUGAACAACUUUCUUCAGUUGGUUUGUGCUAG